CUUAGCUUCAUUCUGAGCCGAGCCCGGUGCCGAGGGCAGGUAGCUCCGCAGACGGCGGCGGCGGCGGCGACGACGGCGACGGCGGCGGCGGCGGACUGAGCUCCGGGGCAGCCCGCUCCCUCCUCCCGGUCUCUCAUUCCCCGCGAUCAGCAUGAAAGCCUUCAGUCCAGUGAGGUCCGUUAGGAAAAACAGCCUUUCGGACCACAGCCUGGGCAUCUCCCGGAGCAAAACCCCGGUGGACGACCCGAUGAGCCUGCUGUAUAACAUGAACGACUGCUACUCCAAGCUCAAGGAGCUGGUGCCCAGCAUCCCCCAGAACAAGAAGGUGAGCAAGAUGGAAAUCCUGCAGCACGUCAUCGACUACAUCUUGGACCUGCAGAUCGCCCUGGACUCGCACCCCACUAUUGUCAGCCUGCACCACCAGCGGCCCGGGCAGAGCCAGGCGUCCAGGACGCCGCUGACCACCCUAAACACGGACAUCAGCAUCCUGUCCUUUCAGGCUUCUGAAUUCCCUUCUGAGUUAAUGUCAAAUGACAGCAAAGCGCUCUGUGGCUGAAUAAAUGUCUUUUGCAGGCGCUGACUUUUUGUUUCCUUUGCACAAUAACAACAACAACUCCACAGGCUCUUUUAAGGCGCUGAACUCACUUUUCAACCCUUUCCCAAGGAGAACAAGUCAAAGGGACCUUUUUUAAAAAUGGAAGGAAAACUAAGAAUGAUCAACUUCCCCAGGGUGUUUUCUGACAUGGACUGUGAUAUUAGUUAUUUAUGAAAAAGACUUUUAAAUGCCCUUUCUGCAGUUGGAAGGUUUUCUUUAUAUACUAUUCCCACCAUGGGGAGCGAAAACGUUAAAAUCACAAGGAAUUGCCCAAUUUAAGCAGACUUUGCCUUUUUUCAAAGGUGGAGCGUGAAUUCCAGAAGGAUCCAGUAUUCAGUUACUUAAAUGAAGUCUUUCGGUCAGAAAUUACCUUUUUGACGCAAGCCUACUGAAUGCUGUGUAUAUGUUUAUAUAUAAAUAUAUAUAUAUUGAGUGAAACCUUGUGAACUCUUUAAUUAGAGUUUUCUUGUACAGUGGCAGAAAUGUAUAUUUCUGCAUACAAAGUGUAAUGAUGUACUUAUUCAUGCUAAACUUUUUAUAAAAGUUUAGUUGUAAACUUAACCCUUUUAUACAAAAUAAAUCAAGUGUGUUUAUUGAAUGGUGAUUGCCUGCUUUAUUUCAGAGGACCAGUGCUUUGAUUUUUAUUAUGCUAUGUUAUAUAACUGAACCCAAAUAAAUACAAGUUCAAAUUUAUGUAGACUGUAUAAGAUUAUAAUAAACAUGUCUGAAGUCAA